GGUUGAUGGGGAUGUAGCCGCAGCAGGCAUCAGAAUGACACGGUAAUUGAUGUUUACUGUUGCAACAAGAACUAAUGUGAGUGUUACAAUGAUACACGGAGGAGUAGGGACAAGUGUAGGAAGACACAGCAGAGAGAAGACAGAACCCUGAGCUCUGCAGGCACCAUGCACUGUGCGGCGACUCCUCUCCUCCUUAUCUCCCAGGACCCAGACUGUGCAGGGAGGAGAUCCAUCCCAGCCUCCCCUUCCCCCUGCCCUGAGAUUGGAUUAUAAUGGAUUAAAGUGCAGCCAGAAAACCAGUGGAUUGCGACUGCUGCCAUUGAAUGGCUCAGGUCACCGCUUCCUCUCCUCCCCACCUUCCUUGCAGAUCCCGUAGGGAGCACUUGAUCCCUCCUACUGCUGUCAUUCUCCUUCCCUUCUGCAGAACAUGGGGGAGAUCCCUAAUCUGGUUAAAAUCGCGGUCUCCCUUAGGAUCCAGCCUAAUGACGGCCCGGUGUAUUUUAAGGUGGACGGGCAGAGGUUCGGCCAGAACCGGACAAUCAAAUUACUAACCGGAGCCAAAUAUAAAAUCGAGGUGGUGCUGAAACCGGGAGCGAUCAAGGCGAAGACUUUAAAUUUAGGAGGAGUGAUCAUCCCCCUGGAAGAGAAAUCCAGAGACCCUCAGGUUGCCUGUUACACAGCAUUCUAUGACACAGAGGGAGUGACCCACACCAAAAGUGGGGAGAGGCAACCACUCCAAGUCAUUAUCCAGUUUGAUGACAUUGGUAGCUUUGAGACAGUAUGGCAAGUUAAGUUCUACAACUACCAUAAAAGAGAUCACUGCCAGUGGGGAAACAGCUUCAGCAGCAUCGAAUAUGAGUGUAAGCCCAAUGAGACCCGUAGUCUGCUGUGGAUCAACAAAGAGAUGUUCCACUGAAGACACCAAAGCUGGACAAUCAUCCGAUGUGAAACCCAACUUGACCAGCACAACGCACAACGAGCCUAAUAAAGCCACAAAGUGUAAAUAACAUAUCAUGCUAAGAUAAAAAAAAAAACCUUGAUGACUCUGUUAAUGUUUACUUAAAGCAGGCCUGUCACACAGUGGAGGCAGAGAUUUAUGGGCCGGACCAAUAUUUAUGACAAUGCAGCCUAUUAACCCACUAGGAACCACUGAGAUUGCUAGGGCUGCUUCAUCAUGAAUGGUCAGCCCAACGAAUGGUUGCUUCCAUUGUUCUACCAUUUCAAUUAAUGAUUAUUAAUUCUGACAAUGGGCCUGAUUCAGAGAUGUAUGCAGUGUGAAUGAUGUAUGCAGUGGAGCGUUUUUUCUGCCACUGCGCAUGCCUAUAAGUCACACUGCAAUGCUCCGCAGUGGCGCUCGUAGUGAGGAUUUAUAAGCAAAGUGAGUGACAGGCAGGAAACAUUUGUGGGAUGGGGGAGAGGCCACUCAAACGCAGGAGUGUUGCGACAGUUUUGGGGGUGUGUCACAGCUUGCGACUGCGACCCUUAGUUACAAUGGCUCCAUUGACCAUGCUGUGCGAAUAUAGGGUUACCCAGAAACUUUAUUAUAGACUGAUAUGCAUCCGAUGUCUGCUGCGUCUUCAUACACAAGAGGCUGAUCUGAGAUACCUCAAGUGGGCGCCUUAAUACAUAUUCCAGCAGCUGCGACAUAUUUUGCACAGCCGCUGUGUCCUAAAUCACUGCAGCGAUGACAUUAGCAUCCACCUCUGAAUCACCCCUAUACGUUUAUAUCAGCUAUUUAUGUUUACAGUAGUGUUAUUGGAUAUGUUUUAUUUUUGUAAAUAAUAUUGUAUGUAUAAUGUAAUUGCUAACUGACUUUAGAAUAUUAGUGUUGAAAUAAUUUUAGAAAAGACAGAAAAUUGUGAGAAAGUAGUCACUGGGAAACUGUCAUUAAUGUGUUUUACUUUGUGCCUUUACAUUUUGUAGUGUUAAAAAAUAUUUAUUUUAUGUGUCUUGUUUAUACAUUAUUUUUUUCACCUUAUGUCCUAAAUUAGUCCUGCAGUUUGUCAGUAUCCCUGCAAAAUUUGACAUUACAUUCUCUAGUGUUUUUUGAAGAUACUUUUCUUUUAAGGUCACCACAGGUCAUAGGGGGUGUGGUAUGCUAUCACGGCAGUCAGAAUGCUGGUGGUCACCGACACCGCCAUCCCAACAUUAAAGAUCCUCACAGUACAGGGGAGUAAGUAUUUUUAAUCCUUCCACGGGAUCAGUACUAAAUGCCGCCGGCCGGAAUCCCGGCGGUCGUAAUACCGACGCCGGAAUCCCGACCACACAAUCCCGACAGGGGUGGCGAGCGGAACGCAGCCCCUUGCGGGCUCGCUUCGCUCGCCACGCUGCGGGCACGGUGCCUCGCUACGCUCGGCACACUAUUAUAUUCUCCCUCUAUGGGUGUCGUGGACACCCACGGAGGGAGAAUAUGUCGGGAUUGUGGCGGUCGGGAUUCCGGCGUCGGUAUUUCGACCGCCGGGAUUCCGGCCGGCGGCAUCUUGACCGCAUCCCCCUUCCACCCCCCGACACACACACCCAUACCCUAAACCUUUGGGGGUGGCGGCUAGGGCUAACCCUUGGAGGGCUAACCCCACCCCCCUAGUGUCUAACUUUAAUCCCCGCUUUUGCCUAACCCUAACCCCGCCACCCAGACCCUAACCAUAAAGCUUUCCACAAUACUUACCUUUGGGAUGUCUGGCGCCGGUCUGCCGAGUGGUGUUGGGAUUCCGGCAUCGGUCACGUGACCGCCAGCCGGGCAUGGUGAACGUAUCCCGUCAUAUGUGCUGAUAUAGUAGUGUAGGUCAUUUCAACAUACUACAGCUAAAACAUUAUUAUGCAAAAGAUAGACUGCUUAAAGGUGAAUAAAUAUAAAACUGUUAAUGAUAGUUUCCUGUUAAAUAUGUGAAUUUUUGUUUUGGUAACAUUUAACAUUGAGAGUUUUGCUAUAUAUUUUGGUGCAAAGUUGUCAGUCUCCGCUUCUUUAUUCAUCCUAAAGAAUCUUGCAGCCUCAAACAUCCAGCUCUUUUAUUUUCGAGACUCAUAUUUAUCUUCAGACAUCCUACCUCCUCCCCCAAAAAAGGAGUUAAUAGUAAACCAUAAAGUAACUAAAAAUAAAACAACCUAAAAAUGAAAUGUAAUUUGGACGAUAUUGAAUACUGGGAUGGAACAAUAUUGUAAUAUUUCACCCUGCAAACCAACCUCAGGUGCCACCCUUAGCCCCUGUGCCCUGGGCGAAGGCAUACCUUGUACACCCCUAGUUACGGCCAUGUACCCAAUUUACUUCUAUUUCUUUGUUUUACAGUUUUGGAGAUUUGUUUAGUCUGUACAUUAGCAUUUAAAGUGACACAGGCGUAUGACUUUCACGAUGGAGGAAAAUCGAAAUAACCAUUUACAUUUUGUCACUUAUCUGAAGUUCAAGUUUAAUAUUUGUUGUGUUUUACCUUUACCAACUAUUGCAGAAAAAUAAAAAAACACAUAUAAACACACACACACACACACACACACACACACACACACACACACACAUAUACACAUACAGUCACACCCAUACACAGAGCCAUAUAUACAGUCACACCUAUACACAUACAUACAUACAUACAUACAUACAUACAUACAUACAUAGUCACACACACACAGACAAUAUUGUGUCCCCUCCCUUACACAUACAGUAUAAACAGGGUGAUACACAUACAGUACAUACACAUAGGUGUGCGCAGGGGGGGUUCCUGGUGCGCACAGGCACCCCCUAAUGUCUGGCACCACGAUCUCACAUGCCUGAGGCAGCGAUCGCCGAGCAGGCUGAUUACUGUCCCCUCUGCGCUGCACCCUGUCAGGACUGCAUUACUGACUGGACGCCUGGGUUAAUCAAGGGUGCCACUGCCACCGGCUUUCAAAUUCCCAGCUCCACCACCAUGUACAAAAACAGUGUGAUGUGACGUGAUUACGUCAUGCUGCUCGCAUGCCCUCCCGUCACACCCACCACAUACACACCUCUCUCCUUCUAUGCUAUGCCAAUGCCAGCCACUGAGGAGGAGCAGCAUGCAGCCAGCGUUUCUCUUAGGAAGACAAAUUCAAUACUGGCAGAUGGCCGGCAGCAGCGUUGACACGUCACUAGUUUUUCCAGUACUAGUCUGCGACUGUCAGUGUCAGUGAGUGACUGACUUGUAAGUAAGCUGCUGCAGCUUGCAGGGGAAAGAGAGGGGGAGCCAGACCAGGCUGAGGAGGAGCAGUGGAAUUGCAGUUAAUGCCAUCAAGGGUGCUUGUUUGGUACACACCACAACAUCUGACAAUGUAUCUGCUUUAUUAGGAUUGGUACAAAGGUGUAUAUUUUAUGCGUUGACCAUCAAUAGUUAGUGCUAGACACGCCCAAAAGGCGGUGCUAGACACACCCCUCCGACGGUGCACCCCCUAAUAAAAUGUGCUGCGCACGCCAGUGUAUACAGUCAUACACAUGCAUGCAUACAUACAUACAUACAUACAUACUGUACAGUCAGUCAGUAAGCCACACACAACCAGACAAUGUAGUGUCCUCUCCCUUACCUUACAGGCUGCAGAGUCUUCUCAUGCCUCUGGGUCAGCAGCUGUUCCUCCCCUCCUUGCUCCCAUGCUGCUUGCUGUGAACUACAACUGACUAUACAGUGCCAUUUAGACACAACCCAUACUCUGAAUCCAUCCUUCCUCUGCUAUUCAUUUCUGCAGGUUGCAGUGUGGCGGGUUAAAGAGCAAGAUGGGUGCUUUUGCAUAGUAGUGGCAUGUUACACAGCCUGUGGAGGGAAGAUGGGUAGUGUUGGCGCUCCUAAACAGAUUCAUCGUAGGUGUAAAUGUGUGCCUUGCUUUUUAAACUGAUGCAACAAGGAUAUUUUAGUUUGUGGAGUGAGAUGAUUAAAGUUACAUAAGGGUGGUGGAGGGGGCACAUUCUCAGGGGAAUGUGCUGAAGUACAAAGGCCUGCAUCGCAAUUUCCACUCAACAAUGUUAUACCACCUCAGAGACUGGAUCUUGUUCUGUGUCUUUAUCUGGACCCGAUUUGCACAUCCACAUUCCACGUCAGGCAGCGCACUUCCUUUCUGAGCAGUCUAAUGAAUCACACUAAACUUCUGUUUGUAAUAGACUGUUCCUAUAGCCCCACAAUCUCAUGAUAACAAUAGAAUCCAUGUAUUUGGCUAAACUCAGCAUUGUUUUAGGAGAAACUAUUAUUUCAUUGUAAGAGGGAUAGUCAAAAGGAGCAGUAGGUGUAAAUCGGGAAUUAAUAAUUACACUUCAUUCAUUACCUCCACUGUGUGUGUUUCUUAGGGGUGGUCGGACUUGAGAGUGUGUGCAGGGCCGCUGAGAGCUGACCAGGGCCUGUGUACUGCGGAGGCGUGGCCAACUCCAGGAGGUAUGACCACACCCACUUUGGCAAAAAUAUAAAAAAUAUUAUGAGUGGCGCCAUGCACUGCAAAGGGUGCUGACCAGGGGCUCCUCCAUUAAUCCUGGGCAAGAAUAAUCAGCACCCCACAUCCCCCCUCCCUUUGUCCCAGAGCCUGAGUGUGUGUAGUGAAUAAUGCGGUCUGUUCUGCGAACACAUACAAAAAAUGUGUAGUAAAAGGUUUACUUUGUUAUGGUUACAAUGCUGUGCAAAAGAAUAAAGAAAAUAAUUUCAUAUUCA